UCUCUGCUCUCCACUCCACUACAAUCCUGCCGUCUGACACACACACACACACACACACCAAAGAACCAAAACAAACCCGGAGUGUGUGCUUCUGUAGGGAACUCUUGGAAGAAAUGGCCGGAACAGCAUUCACCAGAUCGUGCAUCGUCCUCAGCUUGCUCAUGCGUAUGGCGCUGUGUCAGGACUGCUCUCAGCCCUGUGACUGCCCGGCCGAGGGCCCUUUGUGUCCCGCGGGCACCAGUCUGGUUCUGGACGGCUGCAGCUGCUGUAAAGUGUGCGCCCGACAGGCGGGAGAGCCCUGCUCUUUCCUGGAGCCAUGCGACCAUCAUAAAGACCUGUAUUGUGACUACGGAGUGCUGAGCGACACCGAGACAGGCAUCUGCAUGGCUCAAGAGGGUCAGACGUGUGACCUGGGCGGUGUGAUUUACCGCAGUGGCGAGACGUUUCAGCCCAGCUGCAAACACCACUGUGUGUGCAUGAACGGGGAGAUUGGCUGCGUGCCGACCUGCGCCAGCAGCAUACGGCUGCCCUCUCCUGACUGCCCUUAUCCGAGACGCGUCCAGAUCCCUGGCAAGUGCUGCGAGGAGUGGGUGUGCGACCAGAUCCCACAGGAAGACACCUUCCAGUCAGCAAUGGCUGGUAGGUCAAUCGCGUAUAGAGAGCUAUCUGGUCAGGAUGUCCAGCCCGAGAGCGCGAGGGACAACUGCAUCGUUCAGACCACUGACUGGAGCGAAUGCUCCGCCACCUGCGGCAUGGGGGUGUCCUCUCGUGUCACCAACGACAAUGAGCAAUGCCAGCUGGAGCGGCAGACCCGCAUGUGCAUGAUCCGCCCCUGCGAUGCGGAGCUGGAAAAGGACAUCAAGAGAGGGAAGAAGUGUGUGCGGACCCCAAAGAGUCAGCGCGGGAUGCGUUUUGAACUGUCGGGAUGCCAGAGCAUCAGGCCGUACAAGCCCAAGUUCUGCGGGGUGUGUACGGACGGCCGCUGCUGCACCCCUCACUCCACCGUCACGGCCGAGGUGGAGUUCCUCUGUCCCGAGGGAGACUCCUUCAGGAGGAAGAUGAUGUUCAUUAAGACCUGCUCCUGUCAUCACGACUGCCCCCGUGAGAACGAUAUCUUCCUGGCCUCAAACUCACGGAGAAUGACCGGGGACUAUGAUAACGACAUGUGAGGAGCUGUCCGGUGUCACGCACACACACACACGCACACACACACACACACACACACACACACGCACACACACACACGCUGACGAUCAAGCGCAUGCGCACACGAGGCAGCUCCGCGUUUUACUGGACCCUGAUUUUCUCACGACUCGUGAGCAGAAAAGAAACGAGAAUGUUUGACACGAAGCGAAAACUCCUACUUCUCCUGUUUUGUAUUUUGUGAAGCUCUGAAGUCAUCCGGCUGUUUGACCGGUCCUGCCACAGCAGACCUAAAGCACUGAGAACUUGGUUUUAGGAAGAUAGUUCACUCAAAAAUGACUCACGUUGUCGCAAACCUAUCAACUGUUACGUUGCAGAACACUAAAAGAGUUAUGAAGAAUUUGGAUGCAGCUCUUUUCCAUUCCGUCAGUACAGUUCCACACAAGAGUUUCCAGAUUUGGAAGCCAUGAUGUAACUCGUGAAAAGGAGCAGGAUAACAAUCUGGUCACUAUACAAUAUAAUUGUGUAGAAAAAGCUGCAUGGCGUUGCUUUAAAUGCUUUAAUUCUACGUUUGUGCCAUGGGUUUGGAAUAGCGUUGGGUUUAAUUUUUAUGUUUUUUAAAUGUAUUAAUUUAGUUAUUUUUGGGUAAACUUGUCCUUUAAGACGUUGUGGACACGAAGCAACUAAUUAAAUCGAGUUAAUUUCAAGAACGUUUUCCUCAAUACAGGAAUAGACUGAAAAGACAACGAUGUAAUCAUACACUUGAUAUGUAUUUUUAUUGUAUUUUUUCGUUCGAUUUGUCAAUCGGGUUAUCAUUAUUUACGAUCAUUUGUACCUUAAAGCAAGGAAUAAUAUUUAACGGCUGACCUUAAUAACUUUGUAUCUGAUUGAACCCGAUCUGUCAAGUAUGAAAACCGCUAAUGAGUCCCAAAGUAUUUGGGGAAGAAAACGAGGCCUAGAUAAUGAGAUACUGCCUAUGAUGUUUACUGUUUAUUUAAUAGGAAAUGAAUCCUCGGAAAGGAACCAAACGAUGACGAAUACACCUUGUGUAAAUACUGUAAGAAGACCGUGUACAGAUUGUACUAAUUUAUGUAGCUCUUAAAUGUAGUUUUGUUUGUGUACUGUAUUACUCUGUGUUCAUUGUAUUCACCUGGCAAUGAUACCGGCGAGUUCUUUUCUCAUGCACUUUUAUUUUCCAAUAAAGAAAUUAUAUUUUUAUAUA